ACUGUUCACUGCGCUGCUUUUGGUCCGGGUUGCUGUCACUUUUAGGGGGCGGAACUGUAUUGCAGGGUGCUAUGUUGUCAGCCGGGCCGGUGAGGGGACGGGACGCAGCUUCCUCUCCUUCUGCAGGUCACAGGACGCAGUGUGGAGGAGGAUGCUGGCUGCCAGGGUAUUGCGGGGUGCAGUGCUGAGGCACCGGAGGCCGGUACUGUGCUCGUCCUCACUAUACAGUACAGCUACACUGGACAGUAACCAUGCUGCGCUCGAAGAUAUGCCAGAGAAAAUAGAAAAUCCCUUCAAAGAACCUCCAAAGAGGUGCAUCUUGUGCGACAUCCCGGUAGAUUACAAGAAUACCCAGCUCCUGUCUCAGUUUGUCUCACCUCACACUGGUCGCAUUUAUGGAAGGCAUAUAACAGGAUUAUGUGGUCUGAAACAACGGGCCGUAUCGAAAGCCAUUAAAAAGGCGACUAUAAUGGGUUUUAUGCCGGUCACAUACAAGGACCCUGCCUACCUCAAAGACCCACAGAUUUGUGAUGUUUGAAAAAAAAUAUGUUAUAUGUUUUGUUAAUAAAGAACCGUUUGCCAAUA